UCCGCAGUGACUCCUGUAGUGUCCGGGGAAUACGGUUCCCGGGAUAGAUCGAGGAUGUCUGCGAGGAUCUCCUUCUCGCAGUAUCGACUGGAGGCAGAGAUCGAGCGCUGUCGUGCGGAGUGCCAAUGGGACAAGAUACCCACGCUAGUGGAGCAACUAGUGUCCGCCCGUAUCCACGAGGACGAUGACUAUGGAAACCUGCUGCUGGCAGAGGCGCUGUUGGAAGAGUGUCUUCAGGAGAGCAUGGCUCUGCUGCGUAGCUCCACACCGCUGACGGAGAAAGACCAGCCCAAACUGGCCAAGGCCAAGGAUGACCUCAGCGCCAUCCUCCACAGGGGUCGUCUGGAGCCGCGGUACAUGAACGAGGCCCUGCUCCUGAUGGCCAAGCUGCAGUACAUCCAGGGCAGUUACCGUGACGCCCAGGGCAUGUGCGCCAGGGCCGUGCUGGACGACCUCACCCGAGACCAGCAGCCGCUCUACCACCUCCGACUGCUGGCCGAAGCCUUCGUCGUCAAAGGGCUCUCCCUGGACCACCAGGCUGUUUCAGGAGCGUCCCGCGUCCGUCUGUCUGAGCGGGAGGAGGAGUGUCUGUCCUGCUACCUGAGAGCCUGCGACACGGCCCUGCUGUACCUGCAGGAGCUGGACAAGGUGAGUGUGUGUGUGUACAGUGAGUGUACCGCAGAAAAUCCGGUGUUGGGGGUGGAUUUCGAUUUGAGCUUCUUCCAGCUGGCGGCACUGCAGAGUGCGUACCUGUCCCUGCUGCAGAAAGGUCACCUGGCACAGGGAGCGCACCAGUUGCGGCGGGUCCUGAGGGCGGUGGACUCUCGAGGGUCUCAGAGCUUCAGGAAGACGGCUGCGCAGAAGCUGGCCGAGGUGCUGCUCAGCUCGGUGAGUGAGGACAGCUACUGGGACCCCCUGUCCCCCCCGCCCCUGGCCUGGCUGAACAGGGAGGGCGCGGCCGCCCCCAAAGACGUCCUCUACCCGUCCUCCAGACCACCACAGCAGCACAGCACAGAGAGCUCCUUCUGUCCCCAGGACGUGGUGGAGGAGGCUAUUCUGCUGCUGCUGAUCUCAGAGUCCAUGGCCAGCGCAGAGGCGGUGAUCAGCCGCGCUCCUGAGGACGUGGAGGCGCGGGAGGCCAGCCUGCAGGACGCCACCUCCGUGUACGACCUGCUGAGCAUCGCCAUGGCCAGGAGGGGGCAGUACGCCAUGCUGUCUGAGUGUUUGGAGCGGGCCAUGAAGUUCUCCUUUAACGAGUUUCACCUGUGGUACCAGCUGGGCCUGUCUCUCAUGGCGUGUGGAAAGGGUGCAGGUGCGGUGUCGGUGCUGAAAGAGUGCGCCAAGAUGAGACCUGAAGACCCCACCGUUCCUCUGCUGGCAGCCAAAGUGUGCAUAGGUCAGCUACACUGGUUGGAGGAGGGCGAGGCUCUGGCGCAGAGAGUGGUUGCCAUGGGAGACGGGGCCUCGGAGUUCCUGCCGCGAGCGCACCUGGCGAUCGGGCUGUGCCGUAGCCUCAAGGCAACCGACGCCACUUUGAAGGCCAACCGGGAUGAAUUCAACAGACUGGCCCUGGAGUCACUGCAGAGGGCUCAUGAGCUGGACCCCAAUGACCCUCAGAUCGCCCUCUAUCUGUCCCUGCAGCUAGCCCUCACACGCCAGGUGUCCGCCGCCAUGGAGCCCCUGCAGACGGCUCUCUCUCUGCGCGGAGACGACCUCCACUCCCUGCACCUCCUCACCCUGCUCUUCAGUGCGCAGAAACACUACCAGCACGCCCUGGACACCCUGGGCCUCGCCCUCAGCCAGCACCCAGAGAACUUCAGUCUGCUGUUCACCAAGGUGAAGCUGGAGGAGGUGGUCUACGGGCCCACCGCUGCGCUGCGCACCUGUGAGGUCAUGCUGCAGCUGUGGCACAGUCGCUAUGACUACGCACGCGUCAGUGAUACUGACGACAGCAGCAGUUUACCGGAACCAGCACCACUCAGUCGCAAACCCAGCGGACUGCACCUCGCCCUGCCAGACUUCCAGGACGCUGAAACCGGGUCUCAGAGUGCCGCCUCCCUCGCAGCGUCCCGUCUGGAGCAGGCCAUGUCGGAGGUCUCGGCCAUCAGCUCCUCCCACAGACACGGCCCCGUCCACAUCUGGGCUACGCUGGAACACAUCUGGCUGCAAGCAGGGGAGCUCUUCCUGGAGGAGGGCCGGGUGAAGGAGGCGCAGUUCUGCGCUCAGGAGGCGGGGGCGCUGUUCCCAGCGUCCCACACCGUGCUGCUGCUGCGGGGCCAGCUGGCCGAGGCGCGGGGGCUGGACCCCGAGGCCAAGACCCUGUAUGACGAGGCUCUGACCAUCCACCCUGCAGGAUACCGCAUACUGCUGCACCUGGGGAAGCUGCUGGUGCGGACGGGGCGGGUGAGUUUGGGGGAGAAGGUUCUGCGGGACGCGGUGCAGGCCCACAGCACGGCGCACGAGGCGUGGAGCGGCCUGGGGGAGGCGCUGCAGAGCCAGGGCAGCGCUCAGGCGCCCGACUGCUUCCUCACCGCCCUGCAGCUGGAGGCCAGCUGUCCCAUCAGGCCGUUCACCGUCGUACCGCGGGAGCUGUGAGGGGGGGGGGGGGCAACCCAACGAGCCAACCGCGUCGCACGAGUUCCGGAGGGGCGGGGUCAACGCCGCCCGUCACGCGUCACGGCAACCCGGGGGACACGCCCACAACUGCCCUCACCUCCCGACUGCAUGUCCUUCACCUCGUUCCCAUAGUUACAUGCAAAUUCAGUGACAGCGCUCAGGGUGUCCCAAACAGCUCUUUUUGCACACGUUUGUUUGCCGGGCUGGGUGUUUACAGAUCUCGGCUGCAGGUGUGGGGGUUUACCCAGCAUCCUUAUGGGCACGCAGAGCGUUCCUCCCCAUUGGCUAGUCUGAGAUCUCACCUGGUCAUCUGAGACUCCACCUGGUCGUCCUCUUCGGAGAUCCGCUCCAGUCACUAGGUAGGGGACACGUGCGUGUGGUGCAGACAGGAGGGUUGGUUUCCUAGGCCACACUCACAGGGGAGAAUUAACACAUUCCCAAUUUGGCCUUCAUCAUUCCUCCUCUUCCUCAGGGUCAUUAAAAAACCCCUCCAGCCUACCAAUAAUGAAGCACACAGUGUACACAACAAGAGUCUUUGGGAGAGGUUAUACCAAAGAGACACGCGCUCACACACACACACACACACACACACACACAUACACACACUGCUUCAAUUCUGCACAAGAACAGCAGACCGUGUAAACGACAGGAGUCUGAAAGCAGUUAUACCAAAGAGAGUGACACACACGCACUCGCCCACUGCGUCAAUCCUGUACAACAACAGCAAACGGUGUACACAACAGAAGUUGGUGAGAGCAGUUAUACCAAAGAGACACACACUCACACUGCCUCAAUCCUGCACACUGCUCACAUACACACAUGCACACAGGCACACACACUCAGGAACGCCGGUUAUGCGCACUUGCACGUACUCUCCUCUCAAUCUCUGUGUGAAGUUAGUCACUGUUUAUAUAUAUUUUGGCAUUAUUGUUUUGCUGUUUUAAAUGUUUUGAACUUUUAUUGAUUGUUCCAC